ACACCCGACCUGCCUGCAGUUCACCACAAACAUGACUGAGGCUGUAAAAACCUAUCAGUGGCAGUGCAUUGAGUGCAAAUCCUGCAGCCUUUGUGGGACCUCUGAGAACGAUGACCAGCUGCUCUUCUGUGAUGACUGUGACCGUGGCUAUCACAUGUAUUGCUUGAAUCCUCCAGUCUUUGAACCCCCAGAAGGGAGCUGGAGUUGUCAUUUGUGCCGGGAGCUGCUCAGAGAGAGAGCAUCAGCUUUUGGCUUCCAAGCCUAAGGAGCUCCAGCAGUCAAGAAACACUUUGCUCCUGGUGUUGCCAUACCAGCACACAAUUCCCAUCCAGAACACUAUGACACAACCCACAUCAAAACAAAUGGACACUCAAAUACAGGAAGAGGUAUCUGUGGUAUUCACCGUCACUAAUGCCAUAUCUCCUGAGCUCUACUAGAAGGAUUGUGUACUUUCACAAUGCACCGGAUGAAAUCUCUUCAUUGCUAUGUGUGAUUGCUGCUUGCUGUUGCAGGCUCACGUGCAUUACAGAAGGGGGAGGGUUGUUAUAACGACAUGGAGAAGUCAAUUUUGUGUGGCCUUGUGCUUUCUGUUUAGUCCUCUUUUUAAAGAAGAAGUAAUAAGAUAUCUUCCAAGGAAUUAUUG